ACGCCCACCGAGCCCCAGAAACCUACUUCUACACUGCCUCCCUAUCUCCCUCUCCCUCUAGUAGCUCACGAGGGCGCCCUGCAUAGAGAGAAACCCAUCAUCGCGCGCUCCGUAUAAGACCAACGACUCCUGCGUUAAGAGUUUUCCAUAUAUUGGCACUUGUCACCGGCAACGCAGGCAGGCAAAGGCAACAACAAGCCGUGAAGUUAGGGUGUGCGGGGGAGCUUAAUUAAGCCAGGCAAUGCAGGAGAUGAUGAGAGGCGGAGAUCAGCGGAGCCGCUGUGGCGGCGCCGGCGGUGGUCGGGGGGGAGUCGUGGCGAGCGGCGGCGGGGGAGCGGGAGCCGAGGGAGGGCGGCCGUACCGAGGGGUGAGGAAGCGGCCGUGGGGCCGGUACGCGGCGGAGAUCCGGGACCCGUGGAAGAAGACGCGGGUGUGGCUCGGCACCUACGACACCCCCGUCGACGCCGCGCUCGCCUACGACCGCGCCGCCGUCGCGCUCCGCGGCUCCAAGGCCAGGACCAACUUCGGCUCCGGCUCCGGCACCGGCCUCGGCCUCCUCCACCAGCAGCAGCAGCCUCCGCGUCCGGUGGCGCACGUUCCGGCGGCGACGACCUUCGGCGGGCUCGACGUCACCCACCCCUCUCCAUGGCAUUUCGUCUACUUCCCGUCGAGGCUUCAGGACUUCCUGACGCAGGCGCCGGGCCCGGUCGUGGCGCGGGAGUUGGUUGCGCCGUCGCUGCCGUCCACGGUGCUGGAGCUCCGUACGGGGCCGAGUGCUACUCCCACGUUCGACCUCAACGAGCCCCCGUCGAUGCUGUUCGGAUCGUGAGCAAUCUCAUCCUGCCGGUCGCGGGAUCGUAGAGUAGAGUUGUAAGGGUAGGAUCAUCAGAUCAUGGUAGAGACUAGAGAGCGGAGAAGGUGAGUGGAGAAACACUGGUCCCUAUGUACAUAUACCUAGUUAAGCAAAGUUUGGCCUUCGUGAUCCAUC